AUUUAGGCCCAUCCCGUCUUCUACCUCAAGCUUUAGCUCGAGAAAGAAGCUGUUGGCUUUCCGCUAUGGCUUCAAAGCUGCUUCCGCUGCGACGGCUCUCGAGGAGGCUUCUCAGACCUCCAUCUUCUCCUUCUUCUUCUUUCACCGCCUCCAGGUCGUGCUUCCAUAUUCUAGAAGCUAAGAAAUCUCCUCAUCUCUCCUCGAACAGCCACGACGGACCUCGUCGUUGGAUAGCUUCCAGAAGCUUCUGUUCGAGCCCUUUGAAUCUCGAUGACGAUACUAAUAUUCCCGCCGCCAUCGAUUACCAUUCUGUACUACAGGAGGAUGAAUUUCACAGGCUAGCUGAUUCUACAAUACAAGACCUCCAAGAGAAAUUCGAGGAAUAUGGAGAUUCUGUUCAAGUCGACGACUUUGACAUAGACUAUGGGAAUGAGGUGCUGACCUUAAAACUCGGGGAUCGUGGUACCUAUGUUUUGAACAAACAAACACCAAACAGACAAAUUUGGUUGUCUUCCCCGGUGAGGUUCUUAGCUGAAGCAAGAACGGGUAUCAAAUGGCGCAGGCUUGAAUAAAACGUCUCCUACAAGAUUUUGGAAAGGAAGCUAAAAAUUUGAAAUUGAAACUAAUUUGUAGGAAAUAUUAUCUGAUUAGCGAGUGGUGACUAGAAUCUUGAAUGGUAGCCCUUCAACUGGAACCUGUGACGUUCCUUCUCUCACGUGGAAGAAUGUCCUGAUGCCCUUAAACUCAUGAAAGGGAGGGAGUUUGAUGGGGCGGAGGGUCUUUACUGUUUACGCAUCUUCUAUAUGGGAAAUCCCAUCCAUUGCAGCACAUUUUUAUACAUAAUCAAUCUCAGAAAUCCAUGUGCUCAGUAUUCUGUGGAGAUGUGACUCACUGAGUUACCAUCAUGCAUGUGCCCAUUAUUCUUGGCACGACGUUGAUGUAUAACAUGUUUCCAAUGUGGUGGCCAUUGACAUGUCUUUGUGGAAGCUAACUACAUUCAUUGUAGCUUUGAGCCUUGUGUUUACAGAAGUGGAAUGCUUUACUAUACUGCCAUGUCAAUUGUGAUGUAAACAUGGUCUCCCGUAAUCACCAUCUUGACAAGUACUUGUAUUAAUAUUGUAAUCCCAUGAUAGAAAUUUUCGUGCUCAUUCUCCUACCUGCAUCUUGCUCAUGUAGUGUUAGAAAUCCACGGUCCUGUUUACUCCUUA